UGAUGGAGAGCAGAUUUGGAGGAACGGUGCUCCUAACGAUUGAUUCGUGUGUUUGGGGCCGAUCGAAAAAUAUCAACAGCGGUCGUCGCUCCUCUAUUUCAGCGCUGCCGGUCAGAUUGAUCUUCUGGCGAGACACCAACUGAGCGAGGGUGUCCGGAUCGGAGAUGAGCGAAUUCCAAAGCUUGCAGACGGAUUUGCACACACAAACCGAUCUGGGAUUCGGAAGGCGUUGCAGAAUGUGGAUGAGGAGACUGUCGGGGAUAUAGCAGCUGAUGGGGGAGUCCGAUUUUGAACUAACUGGCCGCCGUCCUUCAGCUACUCGCUGUCUCUUGCGGCGUAGGCGCGGAGGAGAUGAGGCGGCGGCGGACGGGCUGAGCUCGUUGCUACUGUCGAGUCGAUGCCACUCAUCUGAGAUGGCAAACUGUUCUCCAGAGAUACAGCCUCUGGCGGCGGCUGCAUCAUGAAAAAGUCA